AUGGUUUUGAGUGAGAUGAUAGGAGUGCUUUCAUUUCUUCCCUUUGCUUCUUAUUUCUCUUUUAAACGAGCUACAUGGAGUCAUGAUGUUUUUCUUAGCUUUAGUGGUAAAGACGCUCGUCUUAAGCUCUGCAAACGUCUAUAUUUUGCUCUAGUUACGAACGAUAUUAAGGCAUAUAAAGAUGAUGAAAAUCUUGAAAAAGGAAAGUACAUUGACAUAGAACUUUUAAAAGCUAUAGAAGAGUCAAGGUUUUCAAUCGUCAUAUUUUCAAAAAAUUAUGCUUCGUCCAAGUUUUGCUUGGAAGAACUUGUAAAGAUGGUUCGAUCAACUGACGUAGAGAAUCAAACUGGUGACUAUAAGCAGGCAUUUGAUGAUCAUGAGAAAAAUUACAGCAAGAAGAUGGUCCAGAGCUGGAGGGACGCUCUUAGAGAAGUAGCUGGAAUAGCCGGGUGGUCUGCAAGAAACUAUUCUGAAGCAGAAUUGGUAAUGCUGGUUGUUAAGCAGAUACUCGAUAAGUUGAACCCUACAUGCCCGGGUACCAGUAAGCAGCUGGUUCCAUUGUGUUUUAAUUCCUUCUUCAUAUACCAAGAAUGGGAUGAUAUUCAGAUUGUAUGGAUAUGUGGGAUUGCUGGAAUGGGCAACACAACAUUUGCUAGAGCUGUUUACGAUGCAGUUGUUUCUGAGAAAUGUAAAGUUUCAUCUGAAUUUCCAUUGGAAUGGAGUACAAGGAUAUUGGAUCCUUCAAGUGAAAUCAAUGAAAUAAGGAAAAAGCUGCAACAUAAAAAAGUACUUUUAAUUGUUGAUGAAGUGAAUAAACAAGAGCAUUUAGUAGAUUUGGCUAUAAAAGCUGAUUUGUUUGGUCCAGGAAGUAGAAUCAUUGUUUCAACUACAGAUCCAGACGAAAGUACUCAGCAGAUUAAUUUAAUCAAUAUAAGUUUUGACCGACAGAUGGGUAGGGAGAGGAAAAUAUGUUUAGAUGUUGUGUUGUUCUUAGCUACUUCAUUUUCACUCAAGGAGAUGAAUGUCCAUGCCAUAAGAAUCUUGGGAUCACUAUUCAAUGAUGGCUUGCUAACUAAACUUGCAUUCAAGUUUCUGACUCAAAGUUUCAAGGUCAUCAAGGAUGAUCUUCUGGAAAACCCUCUAAGUCGAAGAGGGAUCGUAUUGAAGGCAAGAGAUGAUGAUGACCAAUCUGGAGGAGAUGAAUCAAUACUUGAAGGCAACGAAAAGGCAACAAAGAUGGAAAAAGGAAACAUCAAUGAGAAACCACACUUUAAACAAAUUGACGACAGCACCCACACUGCAACUACAUCAAUUAUUCAUGAGAGCAGUGGCAGAGCAAAACAAUUUGGAAGUUCUAGCUCUGAUGAGAAACCAGGCUCCAAACGAGUAUACAACACUAAUGGAGCAGCGAGUAAGGGUAUUUUUGUUGAAAAUGACACUGAAAAUCAGAUUGAAAGCGGCAACUUGGAUGUCAAGCCCCCUGCUUACCAAGUUAAAGACGAGAGCACAUCAACAGGAAAUGGUAUCAAGACCAAGCACAAGAUCGCAAAAGAUGAAGCAAUACAGAGUGAGAAUGGUAAUUCAGAUGCAAAAACUUACUCGCAACCAGGUAUUGAUGGUUUAGCAGGGAAUGCUAUAAUGACAAAGCAAAUUAAGCAGAACGAAGAGGCAGAAGCUAAAGGAAGUGGUAACUUGGCUGAGAAACUGCAUUCUGAAGGAACCAACCAGAUUUCUUUCAGCAUAUAUGAUCGUUUGGUCAGAUUUUGUUGCAAAUGUUUCCUACCAUAA